AUGGCGAGACUCAACCUAUUUAACCGUUCCAAGAGCGGUUUAAAGGGCGGCGUCAAGGGCAGUGUCAAGAGCAUUCCGAGACUCAGCACAUUCGCCCGGUCGAAGGAGGCUCUUAUCCACAUGUUUGUUCGUGAGCAUGCAAACUGCGCCCUACGGCCACGUGAGCAGCCUACCGACGACGCGGUUUCCCCGGUCUACGCGGACCUUCCCCCCUACACCGCCGUGGAGAGCAAGAAGGCCGAGGUUGUGACGGAGUUCGCUUUGCGCACGGCACGUGCCAAGCACCAGUUUUCCAAAGACAGAGCUCAGAUGUGGCAAGAGCUCAUCGCACGAGUCGCGAAGGAAAUCUUCGAUGAUUUGGAGUUGCUCCAGCAGAGUGCGACUGCCAAUGGCUGGGAAGCCGCCGUCGAGCGUGCGGGAGCUCUCUUGGAUGACAAGCCUUUUGGAGAAGAGAAUCUGAUCGAGGAAGUUGAGGCGAUCAUGCGCUACUUGGAGACCAUGCGAUAUGGUGCGAGCAAGGAGUAA